AUGGAAGAAGAAGGCCAAAAAGUCAUUUUUGUUUUAGAAGGAGCGUAAGUAUCAAAUAGUACCUUAGACACUGCUAAAAUCAAGAAGGAUGGCGAGUUUGUCCUUCUAAAUUCUGACGACCACACAAAUUACCUUAAAAAAAUUGGCGUGGACCCAGCCGAAUAUAGACCAGACAUUACACAUCAAACUUUGCUUGCUCUAUUAGACAGCCCAUUGGCAAAGGCUGGGAAAAUUCAAGUUUACAUCCACACUUUCAAAAAUGUUUUAAUCUACGUUUCUCCUCAGCUAAGAAUGCCCAGGACUUAUAAAAGAUUUGCUGGACUCAUAACACAGCUUCUUCAUACAAGAAAAAUCAAAGCUGCGGACAACGGGAAAUAUUUGAUGAGAGUCAUAAAAAAUCCUAUCACAGACCAUUUACCAGUUGGCUCAAUAAAAAUUGGGACUUCAGUAGAAAGUGAGUUAACAGAUAUUUUUGAGUUUGUAAAGGACCCAAGCUACCAAUUUACUUCUUCAGACCCUAAUAAAGCACCAAAAACUCCAGUCUUCGUCAUUGGAGCCUGCGCACACGGCCACCCUGCAAAAGAAGUCGACUACAUCAGCAAAGCAAUUUCAAUCUCAAAUUACCACUUGUCAGCAGCUUGCUGUGCAUCAAGAAUUGCAUUUGCUUUUGAAGUUCUCUGGGGAAUAGUUUAA